CCAGGCCAUGAGGGUUGAGAGAAGGUUUCCAUGGUGACAAAAAACAAGGCCUUGGCUGGAGGGCCACUGCUGGGCUACUACCCCGGCCGCCGCCAUGAUCCCCCCUGCAGACUCUCUGCUCAAGUAUGACACCCCGGUAUUGGUGAGCCGGAACACGGAGAAACGGAGCCCCAAAGCACGGCCACUGAAAGUCAGCCCCCAGCAGCCUGGACCCUCAGGUCCUGUCCCACAGCCACCAAAGACCAAGCUCCCCUCAACUUCCUGUGUCCCAGAUCCUACAAAGCAGGCAGAAGAAAUCUUGAAUGCCAUCCUGCCCCCAAGGGAGUGGGUGGAGGACACGCAGCUAUGGAUCCAGCAGGUGUCCAGCAACCCCAGCACCAGGAUGGACGUGGUGCACCUCCAGGAGCAGCUGGACCUGAAGCUGCAGCAGCGCCAGGCCCGGGAGACCGGCAUCUGCCCUGUGCGCCGGGAGCUGUAUUCACAGUGUUUUGAUGAGCUGAUCCGUGAGGUCACCAUUAACUGUGCGGAGCGAGGGCUGCUGUUGCUGCGUGUCCGGGACGAGAUCCGCAUGACCAUCGCCGCCUACCAGACCCUGUAUGAGAGCAGCGUGGCGUUUGGCAUGAGGAAGGCGCUGCAGGCCGAACAGGGGAAGUCAGACAUGGAGAGGAAAAUUGCAGAAUUAGAAUCGGAAAAGCGAGAUCUGGAGAGGCAAGUGAACGAGCAGAAGGCAAAAUGCGAGGCCACGGAGAAGCGGGAGAGCGAGAGGAGGCAGGUGGAGGAGAAGAAGCACAACGAGGAGAUUCAGUUCCUAAAGCGGACGAAUCAGCAGCUGAAGGCCCAACUGGAAGGGAUUAUUGCACCAAAGAAGUGAUAAUUUCCAUCUGGGUCUCAGCAAGCACUACUAUCCCGUCAUAAGCCCUUUGUAAUAAAAAGCUAGUUUCCUGAGUGAAGAAGCCGUACCCUCCCCCUGAUCACCACCUACAUAUUUGUCAGAAGUCACACCACUGCCCCAAGUCAUGAAACAUCUAAGGUCUGGCAGCCAGGCUCCUGGCCGGACGAUGGAAGGCAGAGUAGCCCAGGUCGUCUCGGGAUGCGGCCAACCUUGGGAUUUGCCAGCUCAACAGUGAGACUUAGAAUUCAGUCCUUCUGCAGUAGCCGCUCAAGUGGAGCAGCCGCUUUCUCAUCCUCAACGCUCCAUACCAUCCCUUAUUUCCAGCCAAAUGAAGCUGCUUCUCUGUACCCCGCCCCCUCACCCCCCCACUUCUGGUCCACAUCUUGUUCCUUAACUGGGGCUUCUCUGGCCUCCAUCUUUCCUUUAUUUGAUGUCUUUUCAUCAUCCCCACUGCAAUUCAAUUCUAGUACCUCCUUUUGGAGUUUGGGGUUUAUACCGUAUCAUCUUAUCCCCUCCUGCCAAGUCACUAGACACCUUCCUCCUUAGUUUCGGACUGCCAGGGUGAGGAGGCAAUGGCAGGGACUCAAACCUGUAGCUUUUGAGAAAACGUUUGCUGGAAAGAAACAAGUCAGUGUCCGCUGUGAGUAGCCUGGACCUCGGCUCCUCCCCGACCCUACGCUGCAGAAAAUCCAACCCCGCUACCCUACACCCCCUCUGAUGAGCCCAAGCCUCACCCGCAGUUCAACGUGUUAACAACAGGACCAGGGCAGGGAGACGACUACACUUGACUAUUCCCCAUACGCUAGACUCAAAGUUUGGAGGCUCAGGACUCCUCUGGUUUCGGGGUCCCAGAAGACUAGCUUAGCACAUGAAUCUUCGAUUCAGGGCAGACCAGCAAGCUGAGCGAGUUCCAUCAUUCAGUCGGAUUCUACCAGUAGCGUACCUCAGAAGGCACUAACCCCUCCCCUCGGCUGGAAGGCCUCGAGUGCUCCGUGUUUCCCUGAAGAGGUGCUCUGACCUGAUGCCGUCCUGGUUGGGGCUUGAAGGCUCAGUGGAAGGACCGCAGUCUGCCCAGAAGAGCUGUGUUCCACUGAGUCUUCGAGCAUGCCCCCCAAACUCUAAUCUCAAGCUUGAAGUCACAGCUUUUACCCUUCUCCAGGUGUCCUGAGGAACUGAUGCCAAGAUUCCACUAACACAGCAUGUCCGUGCUGUCAUUUUCACAGGAAAGAAUUCUUACCCAUCGAGAUGUGCUAGUUCCAAGACUCCCUGACAAUACAGCACUGGUGUCCUAACUGGGUCCCCCUAACAGAUUCAAUGAAGGACAACAGAAUUUACUGUAGCUUUUUCUUCAUAUUUUAAAGCCUAGGCUAUGUACACGACAUCCUUGGAAUUCUUUUUAAAGUUCUAAUCCAAAGAGCUGCUGUUCCAAAUUGCUCAUUGCCAGUACAAGAGAAAUACCACACUCCGCAUCUUCUAGACCGCAUCCCUGUUUCCGUCAGACAUCCACACGGCAGGCUGAUACUCCUGAGGAACUCAGAGGGCUAAUCCAAGCAUCAGAAGUUCCGUGGACCCCAUCACUGAGACCCUGGGGCGUGAGGGCCUCAUCUUUAUUGUCACUAGCACUGGUGAAUU